AUGUCGCGACCGUCGUCGAUGGCCGAGUCCGAGGCGCAGGACGACGUCCGCCCGCAGCGACCCGAACGCGUGCGUCCGCGUCGUCUGGAGCCCGAUACGCUGUCGUAUCUAAAAGAGGUGACCGAGAUGUUGACGCAGUCUGGGGACGACUCGACGGUGGACGAUACGGAGCUUCUGCUUUGGAACGUGCUGGAGGAGCUGGCGCCGCGAGCAGCCAGUGCUGCGUCCGACCGUCACGCAAGUGAACUAGUGGAGGUCUUCGUGCCCAAGAUGAGCGACGCGCAGCUGCGGUUUCUACUGCACAAGAUGGCGGGCUACAUGAGCCACUUGUGGACCAACCGCUACUCUUCUCACGUGCUACAACACUUGCUGUCCCGUGUCAGUGCUGCUGUGGCGAAGGAGGUGGACGGUAUGGUGAACAAAGAGGACGAGGACAUGGACGAGGACGACCGGAUGAAAGACAUCCCGCUCUUGAGCGACGUUCUUGUUCACAUGGUGAAAGAGGUACAGAAUGAGUGGAUCACGCUCAUGAACGAUGUGAGUGCGAGUCACGUGCUGCGUUCGGUAUUGGCUGUGCUGGCUGGCAAACCGCUUGUGCCGGAGAAGCGAGGCAAGAAGGCGAAGCACCGUGUCAUUACAUUCACAGAAGCUCGACCUGGAAAGGAUGGGUCUGGAGACAGCACGUAUGACGUGCCAGAUACGUUUGAUGCGUUGUUCCAGGAGCUGCUGGCAACCUUGAUCGAGAGCUCGACACACGAGCUACAGAGUCUGCUGUACGAUCAGAACUCGGGCCCGCUCAUCGCUUCAGCGUUGAAAUUGGCACCUCCAAAGAGUCAGCGUAAACUCGCUGAGAAGAUUCUCGAGUGGGAGGACAAGGACGCGUGCGAGCGUAAUUUCUUCGACUUGGCGGCUGAUGCUGUGACGAGUCACUUGCUCGAAGCUGUGUUUGAAAGUGCCAGUGAUUCGUUUUUCAGAAAGUUGUUCAAGCGAUGUGUGCGUGGCAAAAUGGUGCAGCUGGGCGAACAUAACGUUGCCAACUACGUGGUUCAACAAGUUAUUAAGCUCGUGCGCACCGAGGCUUUGGCGACCGAAGUUCUGGAGGAAUUGCAGACUUCGUUUUGGACGUUGCUGACCAUGGGCAGGCCUGGCGUCAUUUGGCGCGUGAUGGAAAUGUGUGUGACGUUCAAACUGCGCCAACAGGAGGUAUUUGACGCGCUUGUGAGCGCAGUUGCAAAACAGGAGAGCAAGAAGCCCGAAGCUGUUCGCAAGAACUUUGUAGCGUCUCUGCUGAGCGUGCAGCUGUCAACAUCGGCUACGUCUGCGAAGGUCCAGGUGAACGUGAUGGGUGCUAAGAUUAUCGAGCAGCUGCAUCAAUUCGAGUCUGGAGACUAUUUGACUCCGUUGUACAAGGGCAUUCUUUCGUUUAACAGCAUGCAGCUCAUGGCUUUGGCCAAGGACUCGACUGGCAGCCGCUGCGUCAUCGAACCCUUAUGGGAAUCCAAGGAACCUAGUACAGCAUGGGUGCGGCAAGAACUGUAUGAGCGUUUUGUGGGCAAGUUCGGUACACUGGCAAUGGAUCGUCUGGGUGCUUUUUCGGUCAUGAAGUGCUACGAGGACCUGUCUCUGGACAAGAAAGAGGUAGUUGUGCGCGAGCUUUUGGCCGUGGAGACACAGCUCAGCGGGAGCCAUUUUUCGCAGCUUGUCAUGAACACUUGCCAUUUGUUCGAGUACAAGCAGAGCCGCGAAAAGUGGGAGGCGCUUUAUACGAAGCAGCAGAAGAUUGCUGCGAUGUUCAAAGAUUUCGUACAGGAGGACGAGACACUCGAAAGCUCCAGAGAGCAGAAGAAGGAGAAGAAGGGGAAGAAGCGCAAAGCUGCUCAACUUACCGGAACGGAAGCUGCACAGCGUACGGAGGAGAUUGCGAAGAGUGCGGACGUAGCUGUGAUUAUGGAUGCGCUGCGGAGCGGUGCUGCGGGCAAGGACAAAAAGACCAAGAAGAGCAAGAAGAGCAAGAAGCAGCGUAGUGAGGAACGGUAA